AUGCGCCGCUGUAUCGACACAAGUUCGGACAGCAAGAUGGAAUGUGGGAUGUUUAUUAUGAGACGAUGGUGCGACCGGACGGCGCAACUUCUUAUACUGGAAAUUUGUCGUGGAUUUCUGGACUUUCUAACUCAUUGGGCGAGGCGAAUCGUUCCGAAUUUCUUUUUGUUUUAUUAUGGGUAUCAUCGAUGCUCGAUAGUAAUGAUAGUUUUGUUAGUGCUUUUCAUACCACUACUGACUUCAGUAGCCGGCUUGGAUCAGUACUAUUCUAGAGAUGGAAUUCCCCGCUUCAAAACUUUCGAGCGACUCAAUCACGAAGUAUUUCUCGGCGAUAAGGUCAAGCUAACAUGUCUAGCUGUGUCCAAAUCUCCUCUAGAGGUGAAAUGGUAUCGUAACGGAGAACUCCUCAACAAAGAUGCAUUUGGGCAUCGUUUCCGAGAGAAUAAAAAGCAUAUGACACUUGAUAUUAAGGCGGUGGAAGUCUCUGAUCAGGGUCUAUGGACAUGUAAGGUCAGCAAUCAUCUCGGAAAGGUUGACCGUAAUUUCACUGUGGAAAUCAUAGAUUUCUGCGAUUAUUUCGCGAUGCGCUCCGGAGCUGCGUUCGCCCUGCCGCCGGCUUCGAUCCCAAUGGAAUGCAUUUGUUUGUGGCAAAUUACGAACGACAAGGAACGGCACGACAUCGACUACUCGAUCGCGACGACGACCACGUGCAACAAGUACGCAUCGCGAAUCGAGAAACGUGCACGCAAAUCCCGGAAGGAACUUGCAUGCCUCGAUCCACCGUGUGAUGUGUUUGGCAUCCCCCUGGUGACGACAACGUCUGCGUCGACCACAACCGUGCUAACAUCGUUGACGACGAAGGCUGCGACCACAUCGACCACAAUCGGCGUGACCGCUCGGCCAGCCGCGCAUGUGCAUGCAACGCUUGUCAAAGAUCGCAUCGUUGAUGAGGGCGAAAAUGAAAGGACGACAUCCAGACUCCGAGAGGUUAAGCAACGUCGCCCAGCAAAUAUCGUUUCCACUACACAAUCAUUACCUACGUAUAAGCGACGUAUGGUAGAAAAGGAAGUCAGUUAUGAGCCGCCACCUCCGGAGGUUAAACCCACGUUCAAGGACGGUGAUGAGACCUCUCGGAGUUUAGCCUCACCUGCCGGAAGGACUGUUAAAUUAAGCUGUCGAGCCACCGGCUAUCCAGAACCAAGAGUAGUAUGGCAUAAAAACGGUGCGAUAAUCACUGAAGCGAGUCCGCGAAUGACUGGUGCAGAUUUUAAAAUCCGUAAAGGAAUGCUGGAGAUGGAAGAUGCGGCCGAGAGCGAUUCUGGAAAAUAUAUGUGUGAAGUGUUCAAUUCUCUUGGAACAAUUCGAAGGACGUUCAAUGUCACAAUCAUCAAUCGUAUGCGUGGACCACCCAUUAUCGUGCCGAACAUUCUUGUCAAUCAAACGGUGAACGUGAAUGGUACUGCAGUUUUCAACUGUCGUGUUGUUUCCGAUCUCACUCCAUACAUUUUCUGGGUGCGAAUCGACCGUGUCAAUGGAUCAUUGCACUAUUACAAUGAAACAGCUAAGGAAUACAUGUUUAAAUACACGGAAAUGGAUGCUAUUGAGAACGCAAACGUUGUCACUAACGAUGAUGAAUCCACCCUCACAUUGGUGAAUGUUACACUUGAAGAUCAAGGAAUUUAUGCAUGCAUCACUGGGAACUCGCUAGGAUCGGUUCUUGCUAAUGCUACACUAACAGUAAAUGAGUUUCUUGGAAUGGUUUUGCUAACUGGAAAUCCAGAACCGGAGUAUUCAACGUGGAGCAUUCUUCUGCUCCUCCUUAUCGUCAUGCUACUUUCACUUAUGCUCAGUCUUUGCGUUGCCUAUUACAUCUGUUUCCGUAUCACUAAAAAACGCCGAGAUCUGGAGGACCGUGUAGGAUUGAUGCCAAAAAAGAAAAAGGUGGUAGUAACGCAUAAACCGUAUCCAGAUGAAAAAGAAGGAUGCUCGGAUUUGCCGUCCACAUACCAAAUACAGAUAGUUGAACAAGCACCAACAUCCAAAGGACGCCGACCUCGCCUUAGCGCUUUCGGUGAAGUAUGGCGAGCAAAUCUAAAACCGGAUCGCAACGACAGCAGCAUCCCUCUUGAGGGCAUUCCCGUUGCCGUGAAGAAACUCAAGUCAUCCGCACACGAGAAGGAACUCAUCGAUCUUGUUAGUGAGAUGGAGACCUUCAAAAUCAUUGGUCGUAACGAGAAUCUUCUGCGGUUGAUCGGAUGCUGCACCGGUUCUGGACCACUUUAUGUUGUUCUCGAGUUAUGCAAGUACGGGAAUCUGAGAGAUUUUUUGCGUAUUCACCGUCCACGAGAGGACAAACAAGAGGCAAUGGCUAAGCAUAGCGGUGAUUUGGCUGACUAUUUGGAACCACGAAAAUGGUCCGAUAAACGCGAUAAUCAGGUCGUAAUUCAUAACAUCACUCACAAACAUCUCGUCCACUUUGCUUACCAAGUCGCAAAAGGAAUGGAAUUUAUGGCUAAUAAGAAGAUAAUCCAUCGUGACCUGGCAGCAAGAAAUGUGCUCGUAGCUGAAGGUUUCAUAAUGAAAAUAUCCGACUUUGGCUUGUCUAGAGAUGUUCACUGCAACGAUUAUUAUCGGAAGAAAGGUAAUGGAAGGCUUCCUAUUAAAUGGAUGGCAUUAGAAGCUCUGGAUUCUCAUAUGUAUACAGUUGAAAGUGAUGUAUGGUCGUUUGGUAUACUACUCUGGGAAAUAAUGACUAUGGGUGGUACGCCAUAUCCUACCAUAGCAAUGCCUCAGUUAUACUCAGUGCUUAAAGGAGGUUACAGGAUGGAACCACCGCAAAAAUGUCCUAGUGAAAUCUACGAUCUAAUGGUGUCAUGCUGGCAGGAGAAGCGAGAAAAACGUCCCACUUUCAAGAUGAUCGUUGAUUACUUGGACUGGAUGCUACAAGAUGCAGAUACCGACACUAUAUUCGAUGACGCUGAGGGAGCUCCUCCUCCACCUUCUAGUGACAGUAGCCUCGGCAGAAAACUCCGUGCAAGACCUCUAUCCGCACCAGUUUUCCUUCCAUCUGAUCCACAGCACACCAUUUGUGACGAUAAUGUGGAUGGCGGCGAAUCUGCGUUGAUCAUGGGCGAUGCAGCGGAAGAAUCGGAGAUCCUGCAGUCAUCCGAUCAAGAACAUCAAUACUGCAAUCAACCGAAUGAUCAUUCUGCUUCCACCACUCCUCGGCUUGUUAGGCAACAAACGGAUCCAGGAUCAAGUAGAUUUCACGUAGAAGAAGAAUCAGACUAUUCUGUUCCUCGAGCUGUUGCUGAAGUAGCAGCACCGUCGGUGGACUCAGCGAUUGGAUCUCCUGCUUGGAUUGCUCCUGAACUCUCUACACAUACUCACUACUCGGUCCCUUUUUUAGGCGAGCAGGGAGCGGCGCGAGUUGAGUCGGCGUACAUGAACGUGGCUGGCCAUCGCACCACUCCCACCCGUUUUCCAUUCCCUCCAACCCCAUCACUAGCAGAAAGCACUUUAACGUAUUCUGACUCAGGCACUUUUGAGCCAAAGACACAAUGUUCGUCUUAUCAUGGCACAACAAAUCAAGGUUUUAUGCCGUCUCCAAGCGCUUUCACGUCCGAACCGGUUGCUAGGAGACACUCGACCGAAUCGCACUGUUCUUCCGGUCGUGGUGGAUCUAGUCUUCUUUCGAGUAUCGACGGAAUUGAAAGUGGUGUUGCUGCAUUUUGUCGACUGGAGUACAGCAAAUGCAUGCCACCGGAACGUCGUCCGCUCACGGAAGAAAAUAAAAACCUCCGACCUAACGUGUAG